AUAAAUUUUUUUACAAAUGGAUGUGUACCGUACCACGCCCAUCCGUACUCGAAGGGAUUUGUAUUUUGGCAUUCUUUCCAAAACCGUCAAUAUCUCUAGGGUUUUGCGAUCAAUGGCAUCAUCUACUGGGAUUUUGGGCAACUGCUGUGGAGUUCUUAGGGCUGCUGCUACUAAGACAGCAACAGUGACGAAAAGGAGAGGUCGUCCAAAUGGAAUAGUGAAGCCACAAGCAGUUUCCCCAGCUUUGGCUAACUUCUUAGGUACUAAUGAAGCUUCCCGUACUCAUGCUGUUAAGAAAGUUUGGGAAUACAUUAGAUCCCAUAAUCUUCAGAAUCCUGCAAACAAGAGAGAGAUACAUUGUGACGACAAGUUGAAGACGAUAUUUGAUGGCAAGGACAAGGUUGGUUUUCUAGAGAUUGCGAGGCUAUUAACCCAGCAUUUUCAGAAGGCUGCUUAAGUUCUGGUCAGGGGCAACUCUUGUAAAGAUUAGGCAUCUUCCAGAUACUGGACUUCGUUCUUUACCUAGCUGACUAGCUUUUUUUGCUUUUAAGAUACAGUAGCUGGCUAGCUUCUUUCUGUCUCGAGUAGCUCUUCCGUUUGCCUCCACCCUGGUUUGAAUUAUCAAGUGGAUAGAUCCAGAUGCCCUUUAAAUCAGGUGUUUCGAAGAUGAAACGAAAAGGCAACAGGGUAAUGGUAAACUACCACCAUCAGUGUUCUUCCACCCCAAAUCUCCCUCCUUGUACCUUUCACAAUUUGAAGUUAAGAAUGGUAUGAGGAUAAGAUAUUUUUGGAACACAAAUUGAACUAUAAAAUUCUUAUUGCGGUUAGUUCUCUUUCAUUUGCUGAUAAA